UGAGAAGAAAAGCCUUUUUAUUUGCUAUUUCUCUGAGCUGCCCCAGUGCUUUGGCCAUUGUGAGAGUUGGGAAGGAACGGCCACCACUGUUGCUCAGGCUGGUGCUGCACACUGCGCGAGCUUCCGUCUGACCCUGGGGGAGGUGAAGUGACCAGACAAGUGGACGCAGAAGAGAGGGUUCCCUCUGGCUCCAGGCUCACAGGUUCUUUCUGCAGCACCUCCUGUUGUGACUGGCUCCUCUGGACUGCAGUGUUGGCUGUGCACUCCAUGGCAGCCGCAGGACCUCUGUGUCAUCUGUGACAAGCCCGCUGGCAGGUUUCAGGGUGGAGGCCCUGUCCCUCUGGGAGGACGUAAAACACAUCUUAAGCGAGUACUGAGUUCUUUGAUGAGCACUAGCAGGAGCUCACUGUCUCAUAGUCAUGCUUGGGGAUGGGGAUGGUGCCCUGUGAAAGUGUCCAAGGAUGAGGCACUCAUGGUCCUUGACCUCUACGUGGGCCUUCAUGCAACUUGCCUGUGUCUGUCGGGUAUCGGUGCCUUGUGAAUUCUGAUUUCCACGCAUUAGCCAAUGGGAGGAUCUUCAUGCACCACACCCACCAGCAGACAGUCCUCUUUGGCAGUAUUUCCAUCUUUGUUCUUACCGUGUUGGUAAUUUGUGCUUGAGCUUGACCUCAUGUUAAGUUUUAUCCUUAUAGCUGCUUUAUCAAAUGGAAAAUGGAAAAGUAGAAAUAUGGAUAUGGUGAUCAGAGGUGUUGGGGGGGUAAACAUAAAAUCUGGAAAAAAAGAAGUCGAAAGACAGGGGCAUGUGGCCACUCUGUCAGUAGAGCAUGUGACUUGAUCUCAGGGUUGUGAGUUCGAGCCUCACCUUGGGUGUAGAUAUUACUUCAAAAUAAAAUCUUAAAAAGAGAGAGAGAGAGAGGAGCAUUGAAUGGGUCUUCUAAACAUAGCCUCAUUCAGGCACAGAUGGAAAUUGUUCUGUGGACUGGACUUGCCUAUUGGGUGCCCCUGGGCUUGUGCACGCUAGACUGUGUAUUCAGCCAUGAAAGAAGAGGACAAGUGUGACAGGCACACACUCAGACUAGCAGUCGUGCUCCAGGAAAGUCUUGGGCAAAUGACCAAGAGCCAUGCUCUAUGAUGCAGCAGAGCUCCUGAAGCCACCCAAACCUGCCUCUGCAGAAUCACAUCAGUGCUCAGCAACUGAACUGCAGCUGCAUGAGGAUGAGUCACAGACACACCAUGAGUGAUGAGAGCACGUUGAGCAGACCCUCUGCAAACUUCUUAUAGAAAGCCCCCAAAUCAGCCAAGACCAAGAAGGAAUUCGGGAUCUGUGCAUCAUGAGCCUGUUUUUAAAAGUAAAGGAGAGGAGUGUUGCCCCCGAGAUAUAACGCCACGAAGGCAGGGAGGCUCUGGAUUAGCGGUCGUGCUAAGGUCCAGGGGCAUCUCAUGCUUCUUAAAGUUUGUGUGUUUGCAUACCUUACCGUGUGUAUUUUCAGUACAUCCCAGGAUGUUUAAAACAGUACCUGAAAUCCUAGAAAUAUAUUAUUGAGGAUCCCAUGUGGAAGGGGUGCUGUAAUUAGGGCUUUUUAGAAAGCCCCCUGGGCAGAGACGCACCCUCCAUGGACUUGGGCUUCCAGGGCUGGGAUAUGUCCCCAUUCUGCAGUGGUGUGUGGUCUUCUGUCCUGCAGACAGGAUCUUUCUGCUGCCUGACUGCUUGGUCCUUCUCAUGGAGGUGAUGAGCGGUGUGGUAACCAGCCUGCCUGGGGCCAGUGUGACCCUGACGUGCCCAGGCAGUGAGCCAGAAGACAAUGGCACUGUUCAGUGGCUGCUGCAGAAUCUUGUGGAUGACUCCUAUCUGGGCAGCGGGGCUGCUGUGGGGAGGACUCUGCUUCUGAGGUCUGUGCAGCUCAGCGACUCCGGAAACUAUUCGUGUUACCAGGACGGCCGCCUGGCUGGAACUGUGCGUCUGCUGGUGGAUGCCCCUCCCGAGGACCCCCAGCUCGCCUGCUUCCGAAAGAGUCCCCUGAGCAUGGUAUUCUGUGAGUGGAGUCCUCGUCACCCUCCCUCCCCAAAGACCAGAGCCACGUUACUGGUGAGGAAGUUUCGGGGCCGCCCAGUAGGAGAUUCCCAGGAGCCAUGCCCUUAUGCUCAGGGGCCCCAGAAGUUCUCUUGCCAGCUGGCCGUCCCUGAGGGAGACAACUCCUUGUAUGUCGUGUCCUUGUGCGUCACCAACAGCGCUGGGAGCAGGUCCAGCACUCCACAAACAUUUGAGGGCUACGGAAUCCUUCAGCCUGACCCGCCUGUCAACAUCACCGUCACUGCCGUGGACAGGAACCCCCGCUGGCUCAGGGUCUCCUGGCAAGACCCUCCUUCCUGGAAUUCCUAUUUCUACAGGCUACAGUUUGAACUCCGGUACCGGGCUGAACGGUCAAAGACGUUCACAAUGUGGAUGGUCAAGGAGUUCCAGCAUCACUGCAUCAUCCGUGACGCCUGGAGGGGCAUGAGGCACGUGGUGCAGCUUCGGGCCCGAGAGGAGUUUGGGCAUGGUUCCUGGAGUGCGUGGAGCCAGGAGGCAGUGGGCACCCCCUGGACAGAAUCCAGGAGCCCUGCAGCUGAGACUGAGCUGCCCCACUCCACGCAGGCACCGACCACUAAUGAAGACAAUAAAAAUAAUCUUUCUAAAGAUAUUGCAAAUGCAACCAGCCUCCCAGUGCAAGAUUCUUCUUCAGCACCGCUGCCCACCUUCCUGGUGGCCGGAGGAAGCCUGGCCUUCGGGACACUCCUGUGCGUCGGCAUUGUCCUCAGGUUCAAGAAGACGUGGAAGCUGCAUGCCCUGAAGGAAGGCAAGGCCAGUGUGCACCCACCGUAUUCUCUGGGACAGCUGGUCCCUGAGAGGCCCAAGCCCACCCCGGUUCGUGUGCCCCUCAUCUCCCCACCAGUGUCCCCCAGCAGCCUUGGGUCUGACAACACCUCGAGGCACAGCCACCCGGAUACCAGGGGCCCACAGAGCCCCUACGACAUCAGCAAUACAGACUACUUCUUCCCCAGAUAGCUGGCUGGGUGGCGCCUGGCCAGCAGGAUGCCAGACCUGCUGAGCUGUGUGAACAAUGAAGCACAAACCAACUCAUCUCAGGGGCGUGGGGCCUGGAGCUCUGCCUGUGCAGGAGGGCCUCGUGCAAGGUGCUUCACUUCUUGAAACAGGUUUGCUUGCUGCCUCUGUUCAGAAGGAAGAGGUGAUUGAGUCUUAGAACCCUUCUUUCCCAAGUGCCCAAAGGGGCUGGAGUCCAUGCCGGUGCCCAGAGGGGGCAGGACACUCAGGCGGGCAGAGCCCGGUGGUUGCGGAGGCACAAGCUGCAGCCUACAGCAGGUGGCAGGUAUCCUGCUGAGACGCCCCUGGCAGCUCCCAGCACAGCCUCACCUCCCAGCUUGUCUGUGGAGCCUCUGCUUUCACGAUUCAGUCUUUCCAGGUCUGAGGAUGGGAGAAGCACCUGCCUUCUUCCCCACACCUGGAAUCAGCACAGAGGUAUCGCAGAGAAUCUCAGGGCCUGCGGGUUUGGCAUGCAGUUGUGAUUAGUUCCUCAUUAGCAUUUUGCUGAAUGUGAAUGGUAACCCAGGCACUUGCUGAAUCCGGAAGCAGGUGCACUAGUCUACUUCCCCUCUUCGGAUCCCAGGACUUCAGGAGGAGGGACCAAGAGGAAGAGGGUCAUGGGGACAGGCCUCCCUGUUCCCAGGGAGGAGAGCUGGCUGCAGGGGGCUUCUGCCUUGGGGGUCCAGGGCUGCGGCUGCUGUACUCCUGCUGCCACGACUUUGUUUUCAGUUGAGCCGAAGAAACAAGGGAAGAUGAUGUUAAUGUGAAAAGACAAAAAGAUCCUGGCAAGAAUGCAUUUUAACUUGCUUAAAAAAAAAAAAAAAGAAAGAAAGAAAGAAAGAAAGAAAGAAAGAAAGAAAGAAAGAAAGAAACACCUGUUGUUUUAUGUUGAGAGAGUGGGAGAGCCUGUGCUCACUGUCAAUGUAUGAAUAACUUGGGGGAAAACCUUAGUAACCUUUUUAGCACAAAACAGUCAAGUGAAAAGGGAGAAAACAGUUUUCCUUUUAAAGCAGAGAGUCUGGUUUCAUUCUACAUCUUGUUUUUGUCUUAAAAAACAUAGUGAAACAUGAAAACAUAGUGUGUGUCUUCUGUAACCUGGGGGCACGCUGUUCCCGUCCUGGCAGCUGUGGAGAACACGGCAUCCAGCGUCCACCCCUGAGCCCCAGGUUGUCCAAGGCCUUGUCACACCAUCCUCUCCCUUGGGGUUAUCCUCUUACGUGACUCCUCAAUUUGCUUCAGGUUGGCUAGGAUUAGGGCACUGACCGAGUAUGUCACCAUGUGUGUUGCUGUGGUGGGGUGGCUACUCACACUUGUGAGUGUGGCCUUGCCAUUUCAGGGAUGUGUGUGGUCACCGCACAGGAUGUCCCAGAGUGAAGCGGUGACUAAAGUCAGCCUUGUGACCACCCAAGAAGUCACCAGACCACAGACUUUUCUAGUAGCCUUUUUGGAGAAACAAGCCCAGUGGCACACAGGUGGCGACAGGUGGCGACAGGAGGAGGAGAGCCAUGCUUAAUUGACUAUUUGCUGGGUCCCAUUGGUUGUGUGCUCUGGCGCCACGGCCGGGCCGUUCUGUGUGUGACUUUGGGUCCUGAUGCUGCCAGAAGUGAGGCAGGUGUUUGUUGUUGUUGUUUUUCUCUAAAGUUUGAGAACAGCAAAAAUGGUGUUAAAGGGAAAUACACAAAUGAGACUGUGCAUGAGAAGCCUCCUCUUUUCCAAGAGUGCCACCAGAGCCAGGCCCCAGGGGUGGCGGAAGAUGAAACAGAUAGCGCAGGCGCUGCUCUGAUCUCCUGUUGUUACUUUCAUUAUUAUUGUAAUGAAACUGCCUUUUUUUUUUUUUAAGUAUUGGAGAGGGUGUUUUCCCUUUAUUUCUUUAUAAGCUAGUGAAAAUGAAGGAAAAGUAUUUUUCUCUGGAUUGUAAGUCAUGCUCAGUGUGCUGAAGUGUGCACCUGCUGGGCUUUGCGCUGGAAUCUGAAACCCUCAGUCAGUGAGCAUGCCUCAACCGACCUCCCCCAUGUCCUACAGGGCACCUGUUUCCCUCGAGAGGGGUGUUACUCACCUGACCCCUGUACCACAGCCAGACCUGAGAUGACAGCUCUUCUUGCUGGGUGAGAAAAGUUGAAAAUAUGCUGGGUCAAGGUCUCAAUUAAUGUGGUCAGUAAUUCUUGUAGCAUUAAUGGAAAUGUUUCUGAAACUUCAAGUGGGUAGCAUUGAAUAGACCUACAAAGUCUUUGGUAACUCUGAGAGCUCUUUGCUCUGACGAGGUCUUGACCUCGAGGUCUGUGUGCCAGGCUCUGGGCUCACAGAACCUCUGCCAGUCCCCUGCUAUCCCAGGGGCAGGAUACCGUGAUGAGGUGUGGCAGCUGCCACUGGAACCAUGUUGGGAGCCUCCCGCUGGUGAGAAGAGCCGUGUGGGGUAGGCUUGACGUGGUCAUGGUAUGUUUGUGGGUUUCCUGCAGAAUGUUUAGGAAUGUCUUGCCCAGCUGAGCUAUAUCACCUCAUCAAAGGUACUGAAGGUUGACCCACUUGGGGAAGAGUCUGACAUCCAGUUUCAGGUAGAGUUGGUGAGAAACGUGCCUUCAUUUGGAGAAGCAGGGGCAAUGGGUGGCCCUUCCGAGGUCAUGCCAGCUCUCCCAUGCGGCAGUUGGCAGUGGGGCUAUUGCUGGAAGGCAGGCCAGCUGGCUCAGGCUCUGUGCCAGACACCCCUGUGCAUCCUCUGCAGGUUCUGCUAGCGUUGUGUCCUUGGGGUGGCCUGGGGGCAGUGCCAGGGAGUUUCUAUGACAACCUUACUGAUUAUUAAGGAAUGCUGCCAGUUUUAUGAACAUAUGCUCAAAUGAAUGUCUGCUUUAGGAAGAAGAUUGGAACAGCACGUUAGCAAGGCUGUUAAUUAGCAGGGAAACUGUUUGGAUGGGGAUCACACAUCUGUUAAAUAUAAUACCUCAACUUUACCUUUUUUUUAAAAGAAAAAUAAUAGUUUUAAUUUUUUAAAAUUUUUUUACCUAACUACCUGAAAGCAAAUACCAAAGGCUGAUGUCUGUAUAUGGGGCAAAGGGUCAGUAUAAUGUUUUUCAAUAUUUUUCUCUUUUUAUCAGCUAUUUUGCAUUCAAAGUGAAAAUUGUACAUGUUUGAAAUAAAG